CUUGCUUGGUGACAGGCGCCUGUUGCCCUCAUUCCGCCCUCCACAUUCUCAUGUGUUCUCGGCCGCUUUCACCGCUGAUUGCCAUCUGCUGCUCUUUAUUAGCAUCAGACCGCUAUUGUUCUGGCGUCUGCCUGACUCGAGCCUCCCCCGGAUUCACAGCCUGCAAGACAGCGUGAAUAAAGCCUCCACAUGUCGAAAUAUCGACGACUUCCGUUUCGCCAUCUUUCGUACCGUGCCUCGCUGCCCAAAGGGUGACGAGCUCUUUACCGACUAAAUCCCACAAAAUCCCAUACCCCGACGACUAGGCUGCCAUCUUACCAGUCCGAUUUCAUUCCCACCUUGUGAUCUGCGCCUACGUCCAGCAUCGUAUUCUCAUCAUGCACGACGAUCUGCGCAGAAGAGCUCUUGAGAGCGGCAAGACAGUGUCCAACAAGGCCAAGUCAAAACAGUCGUCGCGAGCCAGCUCUCGAGCCAACUCCGCUCCCAAUUCUCGGGUGGCGUCUCGAGUACAGAGCCGAGAUGCCUCCGACGAGGAAGAUGGCGGAAACGGCAAUCUCAGUGAUGAUACCAAUCAGAGCAUCAAUUCGAUCGACGCGCUUCUGGAAAGCGACGACUUCAAUGAACAGACCACCGAGGUGAUCCGGCAAGAACUGGUCGAUGCGAUUGCCGAUCUUCUGGAACGGAAGGGGAGUAGCAACAAGAGUCGGGAAGAUUCCUUGACCACCUAUGUCAGAUGCUUGACAUCGCACUACCUGGCCGAAGUCCUGCAUGGGCGCGUGCCCGAGCUUCUCAGCGCGUUUGGUCGAAGUAUCAAGGCAGAAACAAGCGAAAAGGAGACCACCCUGGCUCUACGGGCAGUGGCGCUGACUGCAAUCACGUUUGCGGACCAUACCCUUUAUGAGACGGUGUCUGGAGUGUUGAAACGAAGCAUUUCGGACUCGCAAUCCUUGCCUGUCAAAGCUGCUGGCAUUUACGCUUUAGGGAUAUGCCUGUGCUUUGGCGGAGCUGGAGAGGAAGAGAUCUCAGAGAUGAUGACGUUUCUGCUGGAGAUCGCCUCGAGCGAUGGAUCCUUCAUUGGUGCCGACGACGACCCGGAAGUCGUGACGGCUGCGCUCAACACUUACGGAUUCUUGGCUACUCAGGUCGAAGACGUUGAGGAUGAGUCUGAGGACGCCGUGGCCGCGUUCCUGGAUCAGUUGGAUGCCGAUGAUGUCAGGGUGCAGGUGGCGGCUGGAGAGAACAUCGCUUUACUUUACGAGAAAAGUUACACGCCACGAGAAGACGACGACGACGUCUCAUCCGAGGGGGAAGAGCAGCAUGAGAACGGAGUUGGAUCGUCCGACGAACUCGGCGGAGCAAGGGAUGACUCGGGACUGGUGAAGCGCUACAAUGCUUACCAUAACACACACGAAGUGGUGGAAAAAGUGACGGCGUUGGCCUCGUUAAGCACCAAGUCCAUGCACCGGCGUGACAAGAAAUUACUGCAUCAAUCAUUCGCCAGCAUCUCGGUCACAGUCCAAAACCCGAAACUGGGACUCCAAUCCAACAACGCAUCGAAGAGGGUGGUUCGAGUCCAUCGCGAAGGCGAGAUGCGGGUGGACAAGUGGUGGAAGCUGAUGCGACUGAACGCCAUCCGAAGACUGCUGGGCGGAGGGUUCGUCAAUCACUACUUCGAGGGCAACAAGCAGGUCUUGGAUGCGCUGCCAAUGAUCAUGCGUUCCACAGGAGAUGACGGGAUGCGCAGUCCUCGCAAGGGAGCGAGCAGCAAGGGCAGCAAAGGUCGCUUUCGAGAUAACCGCCGUUUUGUCACGGGAGACUUUCUGUCCGCCGACGAGUAGGGGAGAAGUAGAAGUGGCAAUGUUACUUGACAGAGACGAGAGACAGAUAUGGGUUACCAAAUGAUUCUUGGUCACUUGCAUGAUACACGACAUAUGAUAUCCUUACGACACCUACCAGUACCUACUUCUUAUGCAUUAUUGGAGUUGAUAGGAAAUAUACCACGCAAGAAGAAUGCAUGAUUACCUAGUCUAGACACCUCA